AUGCUAUCGGAGGAUACCUUCUGGGAGAACAAGGAGAAAAGGCCGGUAGGGCUUCAAAGAUCACCAAUAAGUCUUGUAGUUCCGAUUUGGAGUUCGGUCACCUGUGCUGGGUUGAAGCUUAGAAGCGUUUACCCGGAAAUCGGUACAGCGGAUGAUAAAGAAGGAUACAACAAAAUUCCGCAAGACCUUAUUGAAAAGUACUUCAAAUUAUUUUACGAUGUUCUCAAUAGUGAACACGCCAUCAAAAAAGGGAAGGGAGCGAAUGCUUGGGCAGUGGGUCUAGCCACGAGUGUAAUUUGUCAGGCUUUGCUUACUGAUUCCAACUCAAUAUUUCCGUUAUCAAUACACGCUAAGGGCCUGCAAGGCGUAGACAAGGAUAUUUUCUUUAGUCUGCCAUGCAUUGUGAAUACUAACGGAGUUCGUGGCAUUAUGCUUCAGCAACUGGACGAUGAUGAAAAAGAGAAACUGUUCGUCAGUGCGAAGAAGAUGGAAGAACUUCUACAAAGUAUCGAAUGGUAG